UGAUUUCGCCGGGCUCAGAAUUUUGUUGAUAAAGUGAUAACACGAUACAGAUUUGUUAAUAAUUUAAUUUUUUACACAAAAUGAGUGUAGUUUGUCGUUGGCUUGGUUCGAUUAUUAAAACGAAACAUAUUAUCUUCCUCACAAAUGUACAUCUCAACAAUGUCUUUAUCCGAAAGCCGAAUAUAAUUAGUUUCUCAACAAAACCUUUGUUGCCUAAUUCACAACAUUUAAGAUUCCUCUCAAACUCACAAUAUGAAGAAGAUUGUUGGAAUUGCAAAGCAAAAACAAAAAGAGUAAAUAAUUUUAUGUGUGAUGAAUGUGGAAAAUUACAAGACAUCACCAAAAUACAUGACUUUUUUGAACUUUUGUCGUUGCCUCGAGAUUUCGAUGUUCCUUCUACCAAAUUGACAAAGACUUUUCGUCAGCUGCAAACAUUGGUGCAUCCGGAUAAAUUUGGAAACAAAUCUGAAAGGGAGCAAACAAACGCUGCCGAAUGGAGUGCACUUAUAAACAAGGCAUACAAAACUCUUUUAAAUCCUCUAUUCCGAGGUCAAUAUUUAUUAAAACUACAAGGGGAACAAAUGCCUCAAGAUAAUAGUACUUUAAAUAAGGAAUUUCUGAUGGAAAUGAUGGAGAGGAACGAAGAAGUGGAUGAUGCUGAGACCAAAGAAGAUCUUAACCAAAUAAACAAAAAUAUUCAAGAGGAACUUAAUGGAGAAAUCAAUCACCUCAAGGAAUUAUUCAAAUCAAACGAUUUAAACGGUGCAAAAGCUCUGCUUGUUAAAAUUAAGUACUUAUUGAGUAUUCAAAACAGUAUUCAAGUGAAACUGGAAAAACUUAAUGGAUGAUAUAAAGAAGAUAAGAUUUAUGUUAUCCCUUAUCUCUCUGACGGCACAUACCUUUUAAGAUUUAAAAAAAAAUGAUCUGUAGGUACAAAAUGUGAACAAAUUGUUAAAUAAUAAAUCUAUUUUUGCAGUCCA